CGAAAUUAGCGUCGCCGGAUCUGGCGGCUCCCUGCUCCUCCUCCCCUCGCCAAUCCGGCGAUCCCCCACCCACCUAAUCAGCCCGCGCACCAUGCAGUCCAAGCCCGUCCCCCUCCCCGCGCCGCCUCGCAAUGCCGGGCCUCGCUGCCGCCGAGCAGGACGCCGUCUCGCUGGUGCACCGCGUCGCCCGGGCCCUCAACCGCCGGAUCUCCGAGGAGGACGCCCUCAACAGUGGCAUAAUAGCCAUGCGUUGUGCUGGCGGUCCAUCCGGCCACCUCCUCCGAAUAACAUGAAGUGCGGGUGUGAUUCCAUGUUCUUCUUAUGUACAUUUUCAGUAGGCAACAAAAGCAAUGGCAAGAGCAUAUUGUGCCAGCAAUGGCAAGAGCAUAUUGUGCAGAGAAAGUGGAUGAGAAGAAACUUGGGGUUCUCAUCCAAUCUUUUACAGGAGCGCUCGCCCGACAAGGAUGGUUGA